AUGUCAACGCUUACUGAUAGUGAUACUGAAACUGAGGUUGUGUCGAGAAACCUAUGCGGUAUUGUCGACAUAGGUUCCAAUGGUAUUCGUUUCAGUAUAUCUUCUAAGGCCGCACAUCACGCAAGAAUCAUGCCCUGUGUUUUCAAAGAUAGAGUUGGCCUUUCUCUAUAUGAAGUUCAGUAUAACACACAUUCAAACGCGAAAUGUCCAAUUCCCAGAGAUAUUAUAAAAGAGGUUUGUUCUGCCAUGAAAAGAUUCAAAUUAAUCUGUGAUGAUUUCGGUGUACCUGAAACUAGUGUCAGAGUGAUCGCAACGGAGGCUACUCGAGAUGCUAUCAAUGUUGAUGAGUUUGUUAACGCAGUCUAUGGUAGUACUGGAUGGAAAGUAGAAAUAUUAGGCCAAGAAGAUGAAACCAAAGUCGGUAUAUAUGGUGUUGUUUCCUCGUUUAACACAGUUAGAGGAUUGUAUCUCGAUGUUGCAGGUGGCAGUACCCAAUUGUCAUGGGUGAUAAGCUCUAAUGGAGAAGUCAAGCAAUCCAGUAAGCCUGUGUCUUUACCGUAUGGAGCCGGAACGCUUUUGAGAAGAAUGAGAACGGAUGACAAUAGGGCACUUUUCUAUGAAAUCAAAGAAGCAUACAAAGAUGCCAUCGAAAAAAUUGAUAUCCCUCAAGAAAUGAUUGAUGAUGCUAAGAGAGAAGGUGGAUUUGAGCUUUGGACGCGUGGUGGUGGUUUGAGAGGUAUGGGCCAUCUACUUCUAUAUCAAUCAGAGGGAUAUCCUAUACAAACCAUAAUCAAUGGGUAUGCUUGUACCUAUGAAGAAUUUUCGUCUCUGUCAGAUUAUCUAUUUCUGAAACAGAAAAUACCAGGUUCUUCCAAAGACCAUAAGAUUUUCAAGGUUUCUGAACGAAGGGCGCUACAACUACCAGCUGUUGGAUUAUUUAUGAGUGCUGUUUUUGAAGCAAUUCCUCAAAUUAGGGCAGUACACUUUAGUGAGGGUGGUGUUCGAGAGGGAUCACUUUACUCUCUUCUUCCAAAAGAGAUUCGUGCGCAAGAUCCUUUGCUAAUCGCAUCCCGUCCAUAUGCUCCACUACUUACGGAAAAGUAUCUAUAUCUAUUACGGACGUCAAUACCAAAGGAUGAUAUACCUGAAAUAGUAAAUGAAAGAAUCGCACCUGCUUUAUGCAACCUGGCAUUUGUUCAUGCCUCAUAUCCGAAAGAAUUGCAACCAACAGCUGCAUUACAUGUUGCUACGAGAGGUAUAAUAGCUGGUUGUCAUGGAUUGUCACACAGAGCUAGAGCGCUGAUAGGAAUUGCAUUAUGUAACAGAUGGGGUGGCAAUAUUCCAGAAUCUGAAGAAAAGUACUGUCAAGAAUUGGAACAAGUAGUUCUGCGUGAAGGAGACAAAGCCGAAGCACUGAGAGUUGUAUGGUGGACGAAAUAUAUCGGUACAAUAAUGUAUGUGAUUUGUGGUGUUCAUCCAGGGGGUAAUAUCAGAGAUAACGUAUUUGAUUUCCAUGUUUCCAAACGUAGUGAAGUCGAAACCAGUUUGAAGGAGUUAUUCAUCGACGACGCGACUGCAACAAAGGUUAAAGAAGAGACAACACGUAAAAAUCGCGGAUAUGAAGUAGUCGUGAGAAUUAGUAAAGAUGAUCUCAAAACAAGUGCCUCCGUCCGUUCCAGAAUUAUUACAUUGCAAAAGAAAGUACGCAAAUUGUCGAGGGGAAGCGUGGAGAGGGUCAAAAUUGGCGUACAAUUUUACGAAGAAUAA